ACGGUUGUUUUAACUUACAAGUUUACAAGAGUUCUACCAGAAUUCCAAAGCUAAUAAAAAUGACACGUUUUUGUUUUUUAAUAUCAUUCGUUGUGGUAGCUGUUUUAGCAGAGGAAAAACUAUUUGAAUAUAAAAGGGAGCUUAUCUUUACAAAUAGACAACUCCAGCAGGUGCCAUGUCGUGAUGUGACUUUGCUAAAGGUAGUUAGAAAAAUGGUUGGUGGAGAUACACCGAUGGUGAAACUGUCGCAUAUGUUUGCUGCACCAGCAAUUAAAAUAGUACCGUUGCAAAGCAAUGAAAACUACGAAGAAGAACUGCAGCAACGCGUAGAUUCCGAAAAAGAAUUACAAGCAAUAAUAACUACUACGUAUGAUAUCCCUGUUCGUGAAGAAGGUGUAGUACGUACUGCAAUGAGAAAAAUGGGUUUGGCACGUAAUGUUUCGAGAGACGCAAUGUUAAAAAUGCAAAAAGAGAGACAAGAACGAUUCCGAAUACAAAUAAAUAGAAUUAUUCUUAGAGAAUCAACACCAGGCCAUGUAUAUUUCGGAAAUGUAUACCUAAUGUGUCGGUUAAAAGGUGUACUCAGAAGUAUAUUAGAACCAAAUUCUUUUGUAAAAGAAGCUGAAGUUGUUGGAGAUCAUUGUCGUCUAACUUUUGAAAACGGUAUAACAAUCACCAUCAGUGGCAUUAGCAAUGACAAUACAUUAAUGGAUCCUCCGGACUAUUUAACCUAUAUUGCCAUAGGAAAUAGACAAAUCCAGCUGGUGUCAUGUCGUGAUGUGCGUUUGAUACCGGUAAUAAGACAACUUGUUCGCGGAGAUACACCGAUGUUGCAACUGUCGUGUAUGUUUGCUGCACCAGCAUUAAAAAGUAUUGUAUUAGAAAACGACAAUGAGACUGGUUACUACGGAAAAAUACUGGAGCAAAUUGCCCAAUCUCAAGGGAAAUUAGAAAACGCAAUUACUGCCUUGUUAGGCGUCGCUGUUCCUGAAGAAGAAGUUGACACGUCUGACCCGUUAAAAAUUGAAACUGAGAGAAGAAACCUAUUCCGUGAUUCUAUAAAACUGUUUAUCAAUGCUGCAUUAAGACCAGGCCAUGAAGACCACAGAGAUUAUAACCUGAUAUGUCGGUUAAAAGGUAUAUACAGAAGUAUAUUACACCCAGAUUCUAUUGUAGAAGAAGCUGAAGUUGUUGGUGAAGAGUGUCAUCUUAAAGAAAUGAACGGUACUGUACACGUAGUCAGUAUCAUUGGGGAAGCAAUUUAAGACCAAUAAGAAAUACAACAUUAAUAUAGUAAAAAAUAUUCACUUUCUUCUCAAUUAUUAUAAUUUAGGUCAGAAAUCUUACAGUUAACUCAUUAAAAAUUAUACAGUCAUAUUGUUAUUAUAUUUAAAUAAUUGUUCUUAACUACAAUUGUAUCCAAAUUAUAAUAUGUAAUGUA